AUCCAUCAUUAAAUCCAGACGAUGGAGAUUAAUUGAUACUUCUAUGACUACUAUCUCAAAAAUAAAAAACUCAACUAAAACGAAAAUCAUUUCACUUUCAAAAAAAAGUUUUAAAUCAUUUUAUCGACAUCAGAGUGAAUGAGCACAAAAGUGCGUCUCGAAGCUGAUGUGUCGAAAUUUGACUUCUGAGUUCCAGAGUUAUUAAGUAUUCACCCUCAGGUCUUUAUUUUUUGAUAGAUUUCCGACUCAUUGUGAAAUCUUUUGUUUUCCCGUCCUCUUUUAUUUGACAUAUGAUAUUUAUAGAAACAGAUUAUUGAAGAAAAAAAACCCUAUUUGGAUUCUUAAAAGUAACGUGUCUAUUUCACUUUAUAUAGGAUUUGAAAAAUAUAGUUUUUCCGGAAGCGAACUAGCAUCGACAUACUAUGUUCAACCAAAUAGACAUUUAUUAUCAAAAUCAAAAGAAAUAUCACCAACGUAUAGACAAUCCAGACGAUUUCAUUGGGAACAAACAUCACGCGAUAAUCGCGAUAUAACACCCGAUAUUCUAUCGUAUACACAGUACAUAUCGGUUAGUGGUGGUGAUGGUGGUUUCUACAGUCAAGAAGCAUGCCGUUUAACUUCUACAAUUUGUAGUCACGAUUAUCAGUGUUGUUCGGGUAAAUGUCGCUGUGUAAAAUGGGGUACAGUCGGUGCAAUGUCAUGUUGGAAAAAAUGUUUUUAA